GCCGGACGUGACGCAAGCCCUCCGCAGGUCCCGCAGUCAGGCCGAAGGGCAGGCGCGGGCCACAUGUGCUCCCGGUUCCCGCGGGCUCGAGUCUCCGGUUCCACGGAACCCAGGAGCCCUCAGCAGCACCGCCCGGCCACUUCCUGAGUGGAGUCAUGUCUGGUAAUGGCGACGCCGCUGCAAAGGCGGAAGAAGACAGCUCCAAGAUGAGAGUGAUUCGAGUGGGGACCCGUAAGAGCCAGCUGGCUCGCAUACAGACGGACACUGUCGUGGCGAUGCUGAAAGCCUUAUACCCUGGCCUGCAGUUUGAAAUUGUUGCCAUGUCCACCAUAGGGGACAAGAUUCUUGACACUGCACUGUCCAAGAUAGGAGAGAAGAGCCUGUUUACCAAGGAGCUAGAACAUGCCCUGGAGAGGAAUGAAGUCGACCUGGUUGUUCACUCCCUAAAGGACCUGCCUACUGUGCUACCUCCUGGCUUCACCAUUGGAGCCAUCUGCAAGCGGGAAAGCCCCUACGAUGCUGUUGUCUUUCACCCUAAAUUUGUGGGGAAGACUUUAGAAACCUUGCCAGAGAAGAGUGUGGUGGGGACCAGCUCCCUGAGGAGAGCAGCCCAGCUGCAGAGAAAGUAUCGGCAUCUGGAGUUCAAGAGUAUUCGAGGGAACCUCAACACUCGAUUGCGGAAGCUGGAUGAACAGCAAGAGUUCAGUGCCAUCAUCCUGGCUGUUGCUGGCCUGCAGCGCCUGGGCUGGCAGAACCGAGUGGGGCAGAUCCUGCACCCUGAAGAGUGUAUGUAUGCUGUAGGCCAGGGGGCCCUGGGCGUGGAAGUCCGAGCCAAGGACCAGGACAUCUUGAAUCUAGUGGGUGUGUUGCAUGAUUGUGAGACUCUGCUUCGUUGUAUCGCCGAAAGGGCCUUCCUGAGGCACUUGGAAGGCGGCUGUAGUGUGCCAGUGGCAGUGCACACCACGAUGAAGGACGGGCAACUGUACCUGACUGGAGGAGUCUGGAGUCUAGAUGGCUCAGAUAGCAUGCAAGAGACCAUGCAGGCAGCCAUCCACAUUCCUGUGCAGCAUGAAGAUGGCCCAGAGGACGAUCCCCAGCUGGUGGGCAUCACUGCCCGGAACAUUCCGCGAGGAGCCCAGCUGGCUGCGGAGAACUUGGGCAUCAGCCUUGCCAAUUUGUUGCUAAGCAAAGGAGCCAAGAACAUCCUGGAUGUUGCACGGCAGCUUAAUGAUGCCCACUAACUGGUGUGUGGGGCACAGGUGCCUAGGCCUUUACUGUGCUAACUGGGGAGUGAUUACCCCACUGCAGGAUCUGAGACUUCAGCCCGUGCCAGCUGCCUUGCCUGCAUCCUCUCUUUAGAGGUGGGGACCCCUCUCUUUAGAGAAAAAGUGAAGUCAGUCUUUGAAUGUAACCAACUCUAAUAACCAGCUCUAAGGUGGUUUUUUUGGUAGGGUUGGGGUGAAGACUUUAAAUAAACAAAAAACCCUUCGAUCUUUA